AUGGCGGGGGGAUACAGGGCGGAAGACGACUACGAUUACUUGUUCAAGGUGGUGCUGAUCGGCGAUUCGGGAGUAGGGAAAUCCAAUUUGCUAUCGAGAUUUGCGCGCAAUGAGUUCAACUUAGAGUCUAAGUCAACAAUCGGCGUGGAAUUUGCCACGCGGAGUGUCCACGUCGAGGAUAAGAUCGUCAAGGCUCAGAUUUGGGACACUGCCGGCCAAGAACGAUACCGAGCAAUCACAAGUGCUUACUACCGAGGGGCUGUGGGUGCAUUGCUUGUUUAUGACGUUGCACGGCAUGUCACAUUCGAGAAUGUUGAAAGAUGGUUGAAAGAACUCCGAGAUCAUACGGACCAAAAUAUUGUGAUCAUGCUUGUGGGAAAUAAGGCAGAUUUACAUCACCUACGUGCUGUAUCCACUGAGGAUGGCACGUCUUUUGCUGAGAGGGAGAAAACAUAUUUUAUGGAGACUUCUGCACUUGAAUCUAUGAAUGUUGAGAAUGCUUUCACAGAACUACUCACCCAAAUAUAUCAUGUAUUUCGCCGUAAAGCAAUUGAAAUUGGAGACGAUCCUGCAGCUUUGCCAAAGGGGCAAACGAUAAAGGUUGAUACUAAGGAUGAUGUUUCAAAGGUUGCUUGCUGCUCUAUCUAG